CGUGAAAUGCGCAAAAACGUUAAAAAUGGAACGCAGUUGGUCAGUCGUUCACGUAAUAACCAACAAAAACGGUUUGACGGUUUCCUCGUGGCAAAUUUGGCUGUUAAAGUGUAUAAUAAAUUUUUUCCAACUUUAAACUAAUAUAUAUGAUAAGAUAACUAGCUGUUUUAAUUAUGGUCUCGGUGAUGCAGCCGUUUAUGGAUGUUGAAAGCUCAAGAAGUUACAUCGACGAGCUGUAUUCGCCAGACCCCCAAAAAUGUUUACAAGCAUUAAUAUGUUUGAAGAACUCUGUAAUUGGCAGUAACCGUCAAAAAGGUUCCGUCAUCGCUCAAGGUGUAGUUCCACGUCUUCUUCAAUUAAUCAGUGACACAUCGGUAUCAGUAGUUGGAGAAAGAAUUCGGUUAGAGUCUGUUGUAACGCUUGGCUCUCUUGCAAAAGGCACCGAUCAACAUGUUUUAGCAUUGAUAGACCUUGGAGUUGUACCUUUGAUUCUUCAAUUACUCUUAUCAACACCUACUACUGAUUCAACUUCGAAUGAAAAGCCAAAAAUAUCGGAUCUACUGAUUGAAGCAUGUUUAAGAUGUUUAAGAACAGUCUUCCAACAUUCUAGUGCACCUGUUCAAACUUUAUAUCAAAAUCCAGCUCUUGUACCUCGUCUACUGUCUUUAGCAUCAAGGUCGAUCACUUGUCAAGUGUGUGUAGCAACAAUUUUAACAACAGCAUGCAAAACUUCUGAAGAACAAAAUGCUUUGAUGAAAGGUGGAGCUGUAGAGACCUUAGCUGCUCAAUUAGAUUCUCCUCUGGCUGAGGUCCAACUUCCGGCAUUAGCUUGCUUAGCCAACAUGUGCUAUCAAAAUCAUCUGGUAUCUACUGUAGUCGCGAAUAUGUCAACAGGUAAAGGAUCUCAAAGUAAACCACUGCCUGCUCUUCUCGGUCAACUAAUUGGACGUGAAAGAGGUUCAUUAGUUCAAUUAGAGGCUGCUAGAUGUGUCGCUUAUCUACACAGAGCUGGUGCACUUUCUUCAACGGAUCCAAGAGUUGUCUAUCGAGCUUUACCAUGUUUAGUAAGACUCUGCCAUCGAGAUAGACCCCCUAGAGAGCGCGUAGCAGCUGCAGAAACACUUGCAUAUCUUACAGAAGUCGAUACAGAGCUUCAACGUCUUGCAUCAAUCAGUAAUCACCUUAUACCUACCUUAGCUGAGCUUUUGAGGCCUCAUCCUCAAGUUCAAGAUGCUGCAUUAUGCCAAGAUAUGCGACAAGCAGCUUUUAGAGCUUUCGCAUCUUUGGGAGCUAAUGAUGAAGAUAUUCGAAAAAGAAUUAUUGAAACGGAAAAUUUGAUGGAGUUGAUCGUUUCUGGUCUUCAAGAUCCUGGAGGUCCUAGAGUUCGUCUUGCUGCUGUCAGAUGUCUUCAUUCAUUAUCAAGGAGUGUGCAACAGCUCAGAACGACAUUUCAAGACCAUGCAGUGUGGCGCCCAUUGAUGCAGUUACUUCAUGGAGCAGACAAAGGAUUUGAAGGUCGUGGAGAUGGUGAAGAAGAUUUAUUAACUGUUGCUUCAAGUACUUUGUGCAAUUUACUUUUAGAAUUUAGUCCAAGUAAAGAACCCAUUCUUGAGUCAGGAGGUGUUGAACUUUUAUGCUCUCUAACCAAGAGACCUGAUCCUGCGUUAAGACUUAAUGGAAUAUGGGCGCUAAUGAAUGUAGCUUUUCAAGCAGAACAACGUGUUAAAUCUCAAAUACUCUCGUGCCUCGGAACUGAUCAAAUAUUUCGGCUCCUAGCUGAUCCUGAGCCUGCUGUAUUGAUGAAAACACUUGGAUUACUGAGAAAUUUGCUCUCUACAAAAGCACAUAUCGACAGAAUUAUGGAUGAACAUGCUACUCAUGUCAUGCAAGCUGUCAUUCUGGUACUGGAAGAUCCGGAUCAUUCGGCGGAUGUAAAAGAGCAGGCACUCUGCAUCCUUGCCAAUGUUGCUGAUGGAGAUCGAGCUCGGGAACACAUCAUGGCUAAUGAAGACGUACUCAAAAAAUUAAUGGAUUAUAUGAUGCAUAGCAAUGUGAAACUAAAAGUUGCGGCCAUAUUUUGUGUAUGCAAUUUAGUUUGGAGAGAAGAACCUGGUGCUGCGCAACGUCAGGCACGAUUGCGCGAAUUGGGACUUUAUCAAAUUUUACAGCAACUGCGUUGUACGAAAGAUUCGCAAUUGUUUGAUAAGGUGAAGACAGCAAUGGCCCAAUUUUUCGAUCCCUAAAUUAUGAAGACUUUGCUUAGACACCCUUGCCUAGAAUUUUAAUUUGGAAAUUAUUUUUUUAGCGAAUCCUAUGAUGAACUUUGAUUUAUGUUAAAUAACACUGUGAUCCCGCCAAUGCGUCUAUUUUAAAACUAAAGACUAGAAUUUUCCUUAUGAAAUGAAUAAAUGAAUUUAAAAAAUGAAUUAGUGAUUAAGAACAAAAAUAAGAGAAGCAAUUUUAGAAUUUUCGAAUAAUCAAAUGAGAAUUUAGGUUUUCCUAGUCUCUUUAAUUUAUUGUUAACGUAGUAAAAAUUGUUUUAAAAAAAGAAAAAAAAACUAUGGAAGGUAAAAAUUGUGGUUGAACUGAUAAAAAAAAAUCAAAUCAUGCACCCAUCAAUAAUUUUUGCACUGUUUGGUAUAUUUUUUAUCAUAAUCUUUAUAGUAAAUUUUAUUAUUGAAUAUUUUAAUGUGGCAAAAAGACUCAAGAUUACGAUUAAUUCCAUAGUACGUUUCAAUAAAAUUGAACGCUUGAAAAAAAACACGAAACUCAAGAGUUUUAAGUACAUUAUUUUAAAUAUAAUAUUAAUAAUAAUAAUAAUAAUAAUAUAAGGUAAAUAAUUGUGACUAGCAAACUCACGACAUAAUGUAUAGAUAUUUGAUAAUAAGUCAUUUUAGAUUUUCAUCAUCUUUGGUAUAAAUUCUUCGGCAUUCAUUUCAUCGGAAUGUAAUGGAAUGUAUUAAUUAACAAUUCUGUGAUAUUAUGGUUUGUCCUUCAGAAUCUUCAAUAAUUCAUUCAGAUAUUUUUUUUUUAUGAAACAAGCUCAUACCAAUAGAAUCGAGUAAAUUACGUCAACUAGGCUGGUGCAUUCCCAUCUCCUGAUUUUGAUAGGCUCUCCAUAGGAUUUGCUAAAGGAUCCAGAUCCGCGAAUAAAUCCAACCAUGAACUUCCUUUUUUUUUGCUUGUUUUUUUCUGUAAUAAAAUCAUAAUCAAUUAUUUUUUA